UACGGCGUAACCAAGGGACUAGAAGACCAGGACACGAAUGCGGCAGGAUCCUCGAUGGCCAGACCGGUGAUGACGAUGGUAACUUCGGGGUAUUGUAUGCGGUAUGCCCUCAAAAGCAGACGCGGGGAAAGUCAAAGGGAGGCUGGGUGAGGAGCAGCUGCGCCAAGUGGUAUAGUCGAGUUACUCUUAUAUGACACCAUGGACCGAGUCGAAAUAUACUACAGAUACAAGGUGUUUCCAAAUGCCUGGUUCCUGCGUCUCCAUCUCAUCGUGGCUGCAUCUUCGACUUGCCAACCCUACCUUGUGAUCUCACAGCAAAGGAUUGCAUCAUGAGGCUGCUCUCCGUCCUGUCGGCCGUGUCCGUGGCGGCAGGCUUAGGACAUGCCGAGACCUUGAAGCCUCAGACACUUCUUCAGGAUAUCGUCACCUUCGACAACUCGUCGCUCUUCAUCAAUGGCGAGCGACUGAUGAUCUUUAGCGGCGAGGUUCAUCCGUUCCGCCUGCCUGUUCCGUCACUAUGGCUGGACAUCUUCCAGAAGGUCAAGGCUCUCGGCCUCAAUACCGUCUCCUUCUAUCUCGACUGGGCAUUACUUGAGGGAGAACAGGGGGUCUUUCGUGGUGAAGGCAUCUUUGACUAUUCAGCCUUUUUCGAGGCGGCCAAGGAGGCUGGGAUAUACCUAAUUGCGAGACCUGGACCUUACAUCAAUGCCGAGGCGUCCGGCGGUGGUUUCCCAGGCUGGCUCCAGAGAAUCAAGGGACACCUAAGGACUGCAGAUCCGGAGUACCUUGCUGCUACCGAUAACUACAUCGCCAACAUCGACAAGCUCAUAGCCAAAUACCAGAUAACCAACGGCGGCCCCAUCAUCCUGUACCAACCCGAGAACGAGUAUACCAGUGCCGCCGCGGGAAUCAAAUUCCCUGAUCCCGAUUACAUGCAAUAUGUGAUUGACCAGGCACGAAAUGCCGGUAUUGUUCUCCCUAUGAUGAGCAACGAUGCUUCGAUGAGUGGUCACAAUCUUCCUGGCUCAGGAAAAGGCGAGGUUGAUAUUUACGGGCACGAUGGCUAUCCAUUGGGUUUCGACUGCAAGAAUCCCACAACAUGGCCUUUGGGCAACUUGAUAACGCAGUAUCGUGCCAACCACCUGAAGUUUAGUGCUUCUACUCCGUACGCUGUGCCAGAGUUCCAAGGCGGCAGUUUCGACCCGUGGGGCGGAUAUGGCUUUGACCAGUGCGGGCAACUCAUUAACCAUGAGCAAGUCCGUGUCUUCUACAAGAACAUGUUUGCUUCUGGCGUCACCAUCUUUAACCUCUAUAUGAUUUUCGGAGGCACCAACUGGGGUAACCUGGGGCAUCCGGGAGGCUACACCUCAUACGACUAUGCUGCUGCCAUAGCCGAGGACCGUACCGUUUCUCGCGAAAAGUAUUCGGAGUUGAAGCUGGAAGCCAACUUCCUCAAAAUUUCACCCGGAUACCUCACAGCUACACCUGACAUUAGCAACAAGACGGGAAUCUACAGCCCCAACACAGACAUCACUAUAACUGCCCUGGUCAACUAUACCCCCGAGAGAGGUUCGUCCUACGUUGUUCGACACACCGACUACCAGACGCUUGCUUCCACUCCUUACACUCUCUCGUUGCCAACCUCAGCUGGAAACCUGAGUAUCCCCAUUCUUGGCGGUUCCCUCACACUGAGCAGACGAGACAGCAAAAUACACGUCGCGGAUUAUCCAGUCGGCGACCACAAAUUGAUUUACUCGACAGCUGAGAUCUUUACUUGGCAGAAGUUCAGCGAUAGAACGGUGUUAGUCGUGUAUGGUGGUGAAGGAGAAACGCACGAGCUUGCAAUUGCCGAUGAAGUCAAGUGGACGUCGACAGGCCCGUCGGUGCAGGUCAAAACGAUCAAGGAUAAUGUCAAGAAAUCGUUCACCGUCGUCCAGUGGAAUACGAGCUCGGAAAGGAGGAUCUUCAAGACAGGGAACUUGCACAUCUACAUUCUUGAUCGUAACUCUGCAUACAACUACUGGGCACCCCAGAUCGCCGAUACAUCAUCCUCCUUGAUUGUGAAUGGCGGAUAUCUCAUCCGCUCAGCUUCUGUCGACGGCACGUCUCUGUCACUCCAAGCUGACUUCAACACCACAACCACAUUCGAAGUGAUCGGCGUGCCGCGUGGUGUUUCCAAGCUCCAAAUCAACGGCGAGACUACCAAGUACAAAGUAGACUCCGAAGGCAACUACAUCGUCCAGAUUGACUACAAGGUCCCGGCCCUUUCCUUGCCCGACCUUUCCACAGCCAAAUGGUCCUACAUCGACUCCCUACCCGAGAUCCAGCCCGACUACGACGACUCAGCCUGGCCCUCUGCCAACCUGAAAUCCACUAACAACACCUACUUCGGGCCCCUCAAGACUCCCGUCUCCCUCUACGCCUCCGACUACGGCUUCCACACCGGCGCCCUGCUCUUCCGCGGCCACUUCACCGCCACCGGCGCGGAAACCAACCUGUACAUCUCCACAAUAGGCGGCAGCGCCUUCGGCUCCUCCGUCUGGCUCAACUGCUCGUUCGUCGGCAGCUGGCCCGGCAGCGGCGCGGCCUCGGAGCACAAUGACACGUACGACCUCCCCUCCCCACUUAUUGCCGGAAAACAUUACGUGCUCACGGUGCUGGUCGACAACAUGGGUCUGGACGAGGACUGGACAGUCGGCGAUGACAGCAUGAAGUCUCCGCGGGGCAUCCUUGACUACUCUUUACUUUCAGGGACCAACACCACUCUCCCCAAGUCUAACAUCACCUGGAAACUCACCGGCAACCUAGGCGGCGAACAAUACCGCGAUAAAGCCCGCGGUCCUCUAAACGAAGGCGGUCUCUACAUCGAACGACAAGGGUAUCACCUUCCCUCCCCUCCUCUUUCCUCCUUCUCCAACUCUUCUUCAACCCCCUUCACAGGCCUUUCCUCACCAGGCGUAGCCUUCUACACCACAUCCUUCCCCCUCUCCCUCCCUUCCUCCCAAUUUGACAUCCCCCUCCGCUUCGUCUUUGACAACUCCACUUCUACUCAAGAAGGACAAGAAUCCAGAGUCUGGCUCUACGUCAACGGCUUUCAAUACGGACGGUACGUAAGCCACAUUGGUCCGCAGACUAGUUUCCCCGUUCCGGAGGGGAUAUUGAAUUAUCAGGGAGAGAAUUGGGUGGGCGUGGUGGUUUGGGCUACGGGGGAGAAGGGCGCAAAGGUACCGGGGUUGAAGUUGGAAGCGGGGACGCCGGUUAGGACGGGACGGGGGAAGGAGGUGGAAGUGGUGGAUGGGGGAGCGUGGGAAAAGAGGACGGGGGCUUAUUAGUUUUUGAAUUUUGUGGAAGUGGUGGUUGUUGGAUGGGAGGGUUUCUGUGGUGGUGAAGUUAUUGCUCCUGUUGACUGGGCUUCAAUCAUGGGAUUUGCGUAUUAGGGCUCUGAAAGAUGUCGUUUGUAGUUCCAUGUCUCUGAUACUCUUUGAUAGCAUCUAGGUAGACUACCUAUCUCACAAUAAUGUAUCCUGUUUAUUGGAGUAUGCUUAUGCUCUCAGUUUUCAAAA